UACACAGACAAGGGAGAGAAGCCCCUGCGAGGCCGCUUCAUUCACUUCCACUCCAUCACCUUUUGGGUCGGCAAUGCCAAGCAGGCUGCAUCCUACUACUGCAACAAGCUGGGGUUUGAGGAGCUGGCCUACCGGGGGCUGGAGACUGGCAGCAGGGAGGUGGUCUCACAUGCCAUCAAGCAGGACAAGAUUGUGUUUGUCCUCUCAUCUGCUCUCAACCCAGGGAAUGAGGAGAUGGGGGAGCACCUGGUGAAGCAUGGUGAUGGUGUGAAGGACAUUGCCUUUGAAGUGGAGGACUGUGACUUCAUUGUGCAGAAAGCCAAGGAGCGUGGAGCUGUGGUGGUGAAGGAGCCCUGGGUGGAGGAGGACAAAUUUGGGAAGGUCAAGUUUGCGGUGAUCCAGACGUACGGUGACACCACACACACCUUGAUAGAAAAGAUCAACUACAAGGGCCUCUUCUUACCCGGGUACCAACCACCCCUCUUCAAGGACCCCUUGCUGCCAAAGCUACCAAGUGCCAAGCUCAGCUUCAUUGACCACGUUGUGGGGAACCAGCCUGACUUCCAGAUGGUCCCAGUGGCAGACUGGUACCAGAAGAACCUGCUCUUCCAUCGGUUCUGGUCAGUGGAUGACAAGCAGCUGCACACCGAGUUCAGCGCCCUGCGCUCCAUCGUGGUCACCAACUAUGAAGAGACCAUUAAGAUGCCCAUCAAUGAGCCAGCCCUUGGCAAGAGGAAAUCCCAGAUUCAGGAAUACGUCGACUACUACGGAGGGGCCGGAGUCCAGCACAUCGCCCUCAACACCUCUGACAUCAUCUCAGCGAUCACCAACCUGAAGCAGCGGGGCAUGCAGUUCAUGGAUGUGCCAUCCAGCUACUACCAGCUGCUGCGGGAGAGGCUGAAAACUGCCAAAAUCAAAGUGAAGGAGAACAUCGACAAGCUGGCGGAACUGAAAAUCCUGGUGGAUUUCGAUGAGAAAGGCUAUCUGCUCCAGAUCUUCACCAAACCAGUCCAAGACAGACCCACGGUCUUCCUGGAAGUCAUCCAGCGACACAACCACCAGGGUUUCGGUGCCGGGAACUUCAAGUCUCUGUUUGAAGCGAUAGAAAUGGAUCAGGAUGCAAGAGGAAACCUCACAGUCCUGGAGCCCAACGGGGAGACCAAGCGCAUCUAGAGGGGUGGCAGCCAAUGUUGCCCUCACAAACCAACCAGGAAACGGCUGAUGUCUUGGUAAAUAGCCCAGACUUAAGUGUCAUAAACCCAGGGAAGCUGCUGCCAAGUUGGAGAUGUAAAAGAAUUCACCACCUACCUCUGGAGCUGCCCUCGGUGACUUGUGGGGAGGAGGAGCGUGGGAAAUGGCAAACACGCUCUUCAAAAGCAGUUUAAUCAGAUCCAAACCACCCAAUUCUUAACAAAGGGCAGAGUUAAAGCACGUGCCAAAGACAUGCAGCUAUGGAGGGAGACAGAAGAAACAA